AUGAUAUUUCUGACAGCUCGAGUUCAUCCAGGAGAGUCUCCGAGUAGUCAUGUAAUGCAUGGAAUCAUUGAAUUUCUUGUUUCGAAUGAUGAUCGAGCACAGAAACUUCGGAAAGUUUAUUGUUUUAAAAUCAUUCCAAUGCUCAAUCCAGAUGGCGUUUAUCUCGGAAAUUAUAGGCGAGUUCAAACUGUAUUAUGCUCUUUGAUGGGUUACGACCUGAAUAGAAUGUGGAGAAAUCCAUCAGAAUGGGCGCAUCCGUCGAUUUAUGCUGUGAAAAAUCUACUGACUCAAUAUGAUAAUAAUCCACAAGCACAAACUGUUAUCUACGUGGAUCUGCAUGCUCAUUCUCAGAAACCAAAUUGCUUUUUGUACGGAAAUGUUUCUAUGACAGCAGUAGGUUUUUAUUUCGAAAACAAAAAAUUUGAAUGGUUUCCGGUGGAAGAAAAGUCAACAUCUCGUCAAUUGUGGUUUCCCCAUUUACUCUCAGAACUCUCUGAAGAUUAUUCGCUUGAAUUCACUCAAUUUAAUACGGAUAUCGAGAAAGCAGGCACUGGAAGAAGAACAAUGGGUGAAUUACUAUCAUGUCUCUGUUAUACUCUAGAAGUUUCAUUCUUUUCGUAUCGCCACGUCGAUUCGUCUGGAAACGGAAUUCAACACACUACUCCAUAUUUACAGUACAAAUAUGAAGCUCUUGGAGAAGCAUUUUGUAGAGCACUUCUCAAUUUUUAUGAAGCAGAUUGUGGACUUCGAGAAGUGAUACUUGAACGUCCAUUCAAAUCAUUUCUACCCGCACGAGCACAGAAAAGUUUAAAAAAGCAAGCAAGAAAAGUUAUACAAACAGUUAUGAUGAAAUGA